GAAGAAGUAAUUGAUUCUACUGAUUUGCUUUUGUUCAUCAGAUCUCAUAGACUUCAGUUCAUUCCUCUCAAAAAAAAAAAAAAAGAAUUGAAUCGUCAAACCCCUUUUGGUUCCAUGGAGAUUAACAGUGAAAAUGUUGCAAACAAUGAACAAAUCAGUGAAGUAGUUGUAGUAAUUGUUCCAACUCAAGCUCAAGGCCAUCUCAAUCAACUUCUCCAAUUUGCCUGUCUAGUUUCCUCUUUCGGUCUCUCUGUUUACUAUAUUGGCUUAGCCAACUGCAACUAUCAGGUCAGGAUUCGAGCCAACGCCUUAAACCCUUCGGAUAUAGCCAAGAUCCACUUUCAUGACCUCCCAAAUGGUCGGGGAGGCAAAAUCCCAUCAGUGUGGGAUACUUGUAUGCUUCUACAAGAGCCCAUUGCUUCCUUCAUUCGUGAUAUGUCCUCAAAAUCAAGACGAGUUGUUGUUGUUCAUGAUUAUUUAAUGUCCUAUAAUGUUCAGGUUGUUUCUUCCUUGCCCAAUACUGAAUCCUAUGUGUUUAGUUGCAUUUCAGCUUUCUCUUCGUGCAGUUUGAAGAUGUUAGACAUCCAACUUGAAGAUCAAGAAUUGCUUAAAAAGCUACCCUCCCUUGAAGGAAUUUUGACAGACGAAUUCAGGGACUUAUUAGCUUCUCAGCAUCGGUAUAAGGAUAUUAGAUCAGGUGAUAUUCAUAAUACAAGCAAAGUAAUUGAUGGCAAGUAUCUUGAUUUGCUGGCACAAGCAGAAUUUAAUCUGAACAAGAAACAAUGGGCAAUUGGACCUAUUCUUCCUACUAAACUCGAUCAUAGGAACAAUAUAUGUUUUGAGUGGAUGAACAAACAACCUCCAAACUCAGUUCUUUAUAUAUCUUUCGGAACAACAACUUCAUUUUCUGAUAGACAAAUCAAGGAGCUCGCGGUGGGAUUAGAACAAAGCAAACAGAAGUUCAUAUGGGUACUGAGAGAUGCUGAUAGAGGAGAUAGCUUUACUGGGGAAGCUAGAAGACUUGAGCUGCCAAAAGGGUUUGAGGAGAGAGUUAAAAAUGUAGGUUUAGUGGUAAGAGGAUGGGCACCACAACCAGAAAUCUUGGCUCAUUCUUCCACGGGUGGGUUCAUGAGUCAUUGUGGCUGGAACUCUUGCAUAGAGAGUAUUACUGUGGGGGUGCCUAUAGCUGCUUGGCCUAUGUACGCUGACCAACCGAGAAAUGGUUUCUUGCUGACGGAAAUGUUGAAAAUAGGUCUCAUUGUGAGGGAGUGGGAGAAACGUGAGGAGCUGGUGAGUGCAUCCACCAUUGAGAAUGUCGUGAGGAAGUUGAUGGCAUCAGAUGAAGGCGAUGUGAUUAGAAAAAGAGCAAAAGAAUUGGGAGAAGCUGUAAGGUGUUCAACAGAGAAAGGGGGAGCUUCUCGAAUGGAGUUGGAUUCUUUCAUCGCGCAUAUCACAAGAUAGACUUGUAUAUCAACAGAAUUUGGCAAGGCGGACGUUCUAGCUCUUUCUUCUUUGAUUUUCUCUUUUCAAGUUGUUUGGUUACUCUAAAUUUUCUUUAAACCUGUUAUUUAUCUGUUUCAUGGCUCAGACUAAUUUAAACUACCUUAAAUUUCUUUGAUCUUGGAAUGCUAGGAGGGAAGACUAGUUAGAUGUUAUCAAGAUGUUCAUGAUCUUAUUUGAUUUGAUGUCACAAAUUAGAAACUAUCAUUAAAUGUGAAGUUCAACGCUAAGUGGAAACACAUUUGAGGAGCAAGAUCCUAAUUUUCAGUAGUUGUUGAAUACUCCAAAUUAGUUCAACAUAAAUUAUUUGCAAGCUGAAAUAGCUGGACUUGCAUAUUUGUUGCCCACAUGAUGCAAAUAUGUGAUAUUUAAAUUUGCUUAUUAUACUGGA